AUGUCAAGGUUAUUAUUAGUACAUGGAUUUGAAAAAGGAACAAACCAUGAUGAACUGCUACACCACUUGCAAUCUCUCUUUCCUGAAGAUUCAAUUCAAAAUCUUUGGCUUGAUCCAUUCAAGCAACCCAGAGCAGUUGCUGAGUUUGAAAGAAUUAUUGAUGACGACAAAUUACUUUCAUAUAGAAAGAAGAAAUCUUUCAAACUUAAAGGCCAUUGCAUGUUUGUAGAAAUUGAAUUCACAACAUCCAGCAUGAUAGCUAAAACAAGUGCCACUGUAAAAAUUGGAGCAAAGGAUAAACUGAGUAUGCUUUUCAGUUCAAAGAGAAAUGGAGGCAAAAAAGUUGCAAAUAUAACAGAACUUGUACUUAAUUGCUUUGAAGUGACUUUCAUUGAAGGGUGGGAUGCUGUUCAGGCCGUUUGUCAAUGCCCUUGGCAGGUAGAAGGAAUUCAAAUAAAUGUCUGUCCUUAUUUUAAAUCCUUCAAAGAACCAUUUCAAGAACAGCAUCAUAGAUUACAACUUCAGGAAGAAACUUUUAUAACAUUAAUCCAAAGCUCUAGACCCACAUCAUCGCUUCCAUCCCAGUCAGCUACAGCAGCUCUUACACAAUCUCCAACAAAAACUGUUCAGAAAGUACAGAAGAAAAAAUCAACUGUUUUCUUUGACAACGCUAUUCUUCCCUUGCUGCUUCAUUAUUUCAAUUUUGAUGAAGAGGUGACAAAAUAUUGUGAUGAUUUGACUGUGGAAAUUGAUAUUGAUGAAAAGGAAGCAAAUAUUGAAGGUACACCUGAUGUUAUGAAAUCGGUUCAUCAAAUGCUGUCUAAAGAAGAUAACAAGGUCGAUUUAGAAUUCCCAGAAAAAGAUUUUUUUUCUAAUAAAAAAAUACAGAAUGAAAUAAAAACCAUGAUUGAGGAAUCUGAAGUUACCAUUAUACUUUCUGGGACAAAACCUGAGCUUUUUGUGAAAGAUAAAAAGGACAAAGAGGUGCCCUUCUAUAAGUUUUUCACAUCACUUUUUGUAAGAAGAGAAUGUACAUCCUUGCCUAGUAAAGAUUUUCCAGAAAAAGAAAAGUUGAAACAAUUUGUUGAAAAAUUUAACAGUGAUCACAGCAAUUGUCAAAUUUAUAUGAAGGAUGUCUCUGUCACUUUAUUAUCUUUAGCUAGUAACACAGAAGAUUUGGAUUCAACUGUAAACCACAUCAAUAAUAAAAUAAAAUCAGCUGUAAAUCCACAUGUUGCUCCUAAGUUUAAUCCUAGCUUUGGCUUGUCUGCAACAAAUGAUGCUAUAAAUAGAACACAAAUGCCCAACACAAGAACAAGUACUUUGAAUCCUGAAAAAAAAUCUGUGCCUUCUUUAAAUACAACGGUAGAAACACCCCCUGUUUCAUCUGGUUCAAGUCAAUACAACCAAACCAGAGAACCUCUACCAUCUGAUAAAUCUUCAUCUUUGAAGAUAAAAAGAAGAAAAGUUACAGUUGUUUGUCAACACCAGUUUUAUGUAUGGCUGCUGGACGUGUUAGAUUUCAUACAUGCUGUUACUCGUGUGCUCAGCAGAAUCAAAGUAACUGUGAUUAAAAAUGACUGUGAGGUUCUGAUUCACGGGGAACACAGUGAGGUUGAUAAAGUCAAGACACUGGUUACAACAGAGGAUGGAUGGAUUUCCAUGAAUGCAAGUGAAGAAAAUUUCCUUGCUGAAGACAAAGUGCAACAGUAUUUGAAGUUUCAUGUGAAAGAGAUGGGCUACCAUAUCGUGGUGGAUGUAGAUGCUGAUGAUGAUGACACUCUAGAGAUGUGGGUUGAAGAUAAGGAUUAUCGUAAGGCCAGCUUUCAAGACUUUGUGAUGCAACUUGUGGUAAAAAGAAAAUGCUUUGCCACACCUAGUAAAGACUUCCUGCAAAGCCUAGAAUGGAUUUCCUACAAAGAUUCCUUCAACCACAAACCACCUGGCUGUUAUCACAUCUCUGACACUGAAGAUUCUGUAACUCUUUUGUCUCUGGCUGAUUUCUCUGGAGAUCAAAGUAUAGAUGAUGUACUUGCAUCUGUAAACAAUGUCAUCACAGCUAAAGAUAAAGAAAAAACUGAAACCAGUCAUAGAUCUUCUCAUACAAAUAUUUAUCCAGAUCAAGCAGCAGAAAAUAUAUCCCAAAAGUCAUCCCUCUCAAGUAAUGAAGACAAUUCCAGGGAUUCCCAGCUCAGUGUUAGCAUUACAAGUUCAGCGAGCUCUUCUGGAAGUAAGGGUAAAAGAGCAAAGCUUACCAUAAUUUGCCAGAAUCAUUUCUAUGUUUGUUUACUGAAGUGGCUAGAUUUAAGAACCUCUGUAAUGGACAGAUUUGAUGGGCUGAUGUUUGAGAUAAAGGAGGAAGAGGAUGAGGUUGUGAUCAAAGGAUACAGUGAUGACUCGAAGAUGGUGAAAGUAUUGGUCACUGAACAUGACAGAAAGCUUCGUUUUACUGAUCUAGAAGAAAACUACCUCAGUGACGAGAGAGUACUACAAUACAUAAAGUCAUCUGUUGCAGACAUGAAAAUUAGCAUAAUUGUUAACAACAAUAAAGAUCUUGUAAUGCUCGUUAGUGAUUCUCAAGGAAAUAAGGUAUCUUUUGUUGACUUUAUGCAGUCAUUGCUGAUAAAGAAAGAAUGUCAGCCUCUCCCUUCUGUAGAGUUUAGAAAUAAUCCUGAGUGGACAUCUCUGAUCAAAAAGCUUCAGCAAUCCCAACCCCUCUUCUACAUCAGUGUUGAAGGAAGGAAAGUGACUAUUUUAACUGCAGUGAAAGAUAAUCUAGAUGAGUUAAAGUCACUAAUGAAGAAUUUGAACAAAACUGUUGAAAGUUUUUCUAUCACAACAAAGAUUAACAAAAGAAGUUUACCCUUGCAGAAGUCAGAGAAUUUAACCAAAUCUAAAAGUGGUGUUGAUCAAAGAGAUGCGCAAAACUCUGGAUCUCCCUUGAUUUCCCAAGGUUGGGUUUUUACUGAUGAGGCUCAAGGCUCUGGUUCUACUUUAGUAAAUGCUAAAACUGGCACCCUCGAUAAAAGAACAUUCAACCCACUUGUAGACACUAACCCAUCUGGUGAUUUCAGUUUUGAUCAUUUUAGCCUUUCAGAGCUUUACACAAUUACUAUUCACCAUUCUUCAUACUCUGAAAUAACUUCAAGCGAUGAAAGACGCGUAUAUAAAAAGAUAAGCAGUAAUAGUAAUAAACAAAAUAGUAAAUUACAUACAAAUGAAGAAAAAUUCAUCUUCCCCGUAAACCAACAAGUUUACAACUACUGUAAGAUGUUUUUAAGAAAUUAUUUUAAAGAGAUUUCAGAAAAACUGAAUGAGAAAACGGAAAUUAUUUUCGCUCAUGGUUCAAUUGAAAUUAAAUGCAGAACUGAAGAAACACAGCGUUUUGUGUUAAACAAAGUACAGGACAUUGUGAAAAGCAUUUCCUACCAAGAUCUCAUCAUAAAGAAACCUGGCCUGCCACAGUUUUUAGAAUCCCCAGAAGGGCUGCAGCUCAUUGAGUCAAUAUCAGAACACACAAAGUGCUUCUUGGAAUUUCCAGAGAAGAUGUCGGAAUCCUGGCAAAGGGACUUAAGGAACCCAGACUAUAAGGUGGCUAUAAUUGGAACAGCUGUGUGUCAAGGCUUUAACCUUCACCUUGUAUUAGGGAAUAUCAGAGACAUGGAACAAGUGAUGAAAGUUGAAUUUAAACCUUCAAAAGAAGCCAAAGAGUUCUCCAUUAAACUUCAAGGGACCAGCAAACACCUGGUGAUCAUGGUCCCAGAUGAUGAAACAGAACCAAAAAAACUAGCAGAAAGCUUGAAAAAACAACUACUACUUGUAUUUGAACAGGCCAAAUAUAUUUCAAAUGUCUACCUGGCAUUUUCAAUGGAAUUAAUCUCUGAUCCAGAAUCACCUGUACCUUUUAGAGCCAUAGCAGAAAUUAUUAUCAGCGAAAUAUGGGGGAUCUUUCAGAGUGAAGACUUUCACGAUGAAGGGGAAAAUCAACAAUAUCAGAUGUUUAUUUGUGAACCAAGCAACAAGCAUGUGUUUGAUAUUUUUGACUCUCUGAUGAAAGACAAGUUUAAAACAAAGUUUGAGUCCCCAGACCAAAUUUGCUGGGAUAGUAUCUCUCCUACUGAUUUAAGAAAAUACGCAGACUACAAUACAAUGGGUGUUUCAGUGGAGGUUUCAACAAUAGACAGGGAGGCAACAGCAGAAGAAACUCUUUACUGCUAUCCUAUAUUGCCUGGUCUGGAUACACAAACCUGCCCUAUACUUCUUGAGCCAUCUUGUUCUAAGCAAAAACUUGAUCUGGAACUCAGAGAGUUCCAAAGAUCAAUCCCUGGUGGCAUCUUGGUGGGAGAUUCACUUCAAGUUGGAUGUCUUGGAGUCGGUAAAGAUGCUCUUCUCUAUUGCUGCUCAGAAUGGGGAGCCGACAGUGAAAUGGCUAUUCACGAUUGCUUGGAAAUGUGUGCCUUUUCUUCAUCUAAGUAUGAGGAAGUGCAUAUAAUUCCACCUGGAUUUCAUGUCAACCCUAAGUACCCAAAAUUAUUUUUGGCUCAGAAGGUCUUUGAAUCAUUGGAUAUAUUAUUGAAAGAUAAAGAAGAAUUUAGGAAAAAGCACAUAGUUUUUGUUAUAGAUGAUAAGGACUAUCAUCGGGCAUUUGAGAAUGAACUUCUUAAACGGUGUGUGAAAAGAAAGAAAGAAAAUAGUUCUGACUCAGCAACUGAACAACGAGACUCUGCAAGUUUAUCAACUGAAGAUGCUGUUGUCAGCAAUGAUGUUAUAAGCCAUACAGUUUCUUUCUGGGGCCAGUCACAUGACCUCAUGCACAAGGCAUCUUCUAUGUUUGAAGAAAAACUGGAUCACUUGAUGUCUUUAAAAACCACUGAGUUACACGUGAAGAAAGAUAAGAUUGGAUCAGUUGAGAAAAUCAUAAAAAGUAGAAAUGAUUGGCCUGUUUUAUUGACCUUGGAAAAACCUGUAAAUCCAACAUCAGCAAGCUCAUCAAAACACGAGAGAGCUUCAUUGAAUGUCCAAGGAUUGAAUCACAACGUAGUCCAGCAGUUCAUAAACCAGGAGCUAUUAUUUUUAACAACACAAUGUUAUAAUAAAAAAGGUAAUAAAAAAGAUUCAAAAUUUAAAAAUCCACCACAACAAAAAGAUCCAGAUCAAUUUUCUAGAAGAAAAAGGGAUAAAAAAACAAGCAAUACAAGAACCCCAUCUCUUGGUGAUAAACAACCAGCCAAAUUUGAAUCCCAAGCAUCUUCUGGAGAUUUAAUCCCACCUUUUCAAUGGAUGUAUGAAAUCACGGACCACACUAACAAAUCAAGCUACCAGUAUUUUGAACCAGAAGUUAGCAUUAUUUUAGAGCAAGCUUAUACCCAAGAGCAGAGAAAAAAUGUUGAAAUAAAUAUUGGAGGUUUUACAAAAGCCAACUUUAAUGACAUGAGUGUGGUUGUGGAUGAUGAGAAGGCUGGAAUACUUAGGUCCGAAGUUAUUUCUGAGGAUAAAACCAUCACCCUCCCAAGAGACUGGAUAAAAAUAAACAAUGAAAACUGGGCAACCUGUCAACUGAUGUAUGAGUGUAUAGACUAUCAAACUUUAGUCAAUGGACUGCUCAACAAUUUGGCACCACAGAAGGUCAACUUCCUCUGUGUUGAACGUGUACAAAAUAAACGUUUGUAUCAAAGAUUUAAAACCAAGUGCACGCAAAUGAAGCAUGAUAAGGUGAACUAUCUGUGGCAUAGAGCAAGAGAAGGUUGUAAAUAUCUGAUAUGUGAAUAUGGUUUCCACCCAGUAUUCAGUGGGAUGCAGAAAGCCAAAUACCUUGGUGAUGGUGUUUUAUUUUAUGAACAUCCAAAAGACUGUUUUGGUCCGCAAGACUUUACCAGAGAUGAGACAGUAAGCUUGUUCUACUCUCAAGUCUUGCAAGGCAGAAGUGGCAGUGCCAGACCAGGUCAAAGUUCACCCUCUGGUGAUAAACACACAAACCAGGCAGUUGAUUCAGCCAGCUCAAAUGGCCAGGUCAUGAUUUUCAGUGAUGCUCAAGCUUAUCCUGAGUUUUUAAUCACUCUCAGGGUAAAGCAAAUGUGAUGUUUCUUUUGAAACAAUGGCAAAUUCAUAUUUUAAAGUUUAUAAACUUUAAGCAAAGGCAGUUGUUGUUUUUUUUUUAAUUAUUUAUUUUCUUGUAAUUUUUUAAAAUUUAUUUAAUGGCUGUCAUAAGAUUACUUUUGAGUCAUGUGCAUAAUAAAUAACCGACUUUUAUGAAUUUACAAAAACUACAGAAAUGUGUUUGUAUAGAUUCGGAAAACAAACUAACCUACAGGCAUACUUAAAAUCCAUUUUGUCACUUCCGUUUGUUUUGUAAAGACAAAAUUAACUAACUUGUUCAAAUUUAUAAUAAUUUUCAUUUUUAAAAUUCAGAAUCUAUAAUUUCAAAAACCUUAAUUUUGUAUUCCCAUUUUUAUUUUUUUGAGGUAUUCAGUGAUUUGCUGUGGAUUUUGAUUAAAGUAUACAACAUAUUUAUUUAUCUUUUUGUUAAUGUUUUUUAUGAACAAAAUCUUGAUGAUCACGAUUAUAUUUUUUCUUAACUAUGACAUUUCAAUAACAAAGAAAUAACAUGUUGUUCACAUUUUAAAGUGAAUGGAUACUGGAUUUACAGUUCAGUAUAGUAAAAAAAAACUUAAUACAGCUUUGUCCGGCUAUGUUAUAGUUGUGUCCCUUAAUGAUAACAAAAUUAUUGUUAGGCAUUAAAUAUUUACAAAUAUGUUGACUGAAUGUCUUUUUGUCUAAACUUUUAAAUAAAUUCCAAACAAGGUUUUGAAAUAUCCUUUUCGUAAAUGUAUUCACUUUCAACAUAUAUAAUUAGUUACUUUUUAUUUUAGCCUGUUGGUUUAAAUUUGUUUCUUUUUGAAACAUCAGCAGAGCUAUACAGUGAGCUAUUGUCACUCUGAUAAAUUAUAUAAAAGUAUUGAAAAUUUAACAUUUAGCAAUACUUUUAAAAUGUUAACUAUAAUGGCUUUUUAAUGUAAACUACUUUUAUUUAGGCAAUGUUCUGUUUUUAAAAAGUUUUUUUAAACAGAUUUCAUUUAGAAAAAAUAAAUUUUAUUACAAAUGUAAUUGUUAAAUAAAUGUUGAGAAUUAUUAGAUAAUUAUAAUUUCAAAUGCUUUUAUUUUGUUUUUGAAAUGAACUUGGUUGUUUAUCAAACCCUUUAAGAAAAGUAUGAUAAGGCGUGUUAUAAAACUAUACAUAAUAUGGCCUACAAAAUGAGUUUGGAUUGUGUUGAGGUUUAUUUUCUAACAUCCAGUGAUGCUAAGCAUACAAAUGAUACAUGCAAACAUGAAUGAUUGUGUGGUAUUAUCAAUAGCAUCAUUGAAAAAUAUUGUGCAAUUGGUAAGUCCCUCAGUUAAGAUAACAAGAGGUAACGUGAUUGUGUCAAAAACCAUCUAUAGUCACAGUGUAGCCUAGAACCAUAGUCUGUGUGUGAUAGUCUGUGAGUAGGAUGAUAAUAAAAGAUUGUUUGUUUUACAGUAACCAGGGGUGUCUGUUUCUCUGUAAAACUAGAGGUGCUGUUAUCAUCUAUUUGUAUCUAAAAAUGGAAUAAUGGAAUUAAAGGGAAAU